AUGGACAGCAAUGCAGAGCAUGAGCAGGUCCACUCGCUCGUCCUCGGCAGCAGAGCCUCCCAGCUCGCUCUCGUCCAGACUGAGCUUGUCCAGUCAGCUCUCGGUGCCUUGUAUCCCUCCACACAAAUUUCGGUCUCUACAAUGACGACUGCAGGCGACAAGGACCAGUCUCAGGCAUUGUAUCUCAUCGGAGGCAAGGCCUUGUGGACGAAGGAGCUCGAAGUGGCUUUGCUCGAGCAAGCAGUCGACGUCAUCGUGCACUCACUCAAGGAUAUGCCCACCACUCUACCAAGAGGAUGCGAGCUUGUUGCAAUCAUCCAACGCGAAGACCCAAGGGAUUGCUUCGUAGCCAAGUCAGGUUCGCCGUACAAGAGCCUGGCAGAUCUACCGGCGGGCAGCGUGGUGGGCACAAGUAGCGUAAGACGCGUCGCGCAGCUCAAGAGAGCUUUCCCAGAGCUCAAAUUCGCAGACGUGCGAGGCAACUUGAACACACGCUUGCGGAAGCUAGAUGCAGACGAUUCGCCCUUUGAAGCCUUGAUCUUGGCAACUGCAGGCCUGAAGCGAAUUGGUCUGGGCGAUCGCGUGACUGCGCCGCUCGAACGAUCAGAGGCGCUGCACGCAGUUGGCCAAGGUGCUUUAGGUAUCGAGAUGCGCUCGCGACCCCGUGAGACUGCACAACCGGCCCUAGACGAGAUGCUACCACCGCCAUUGACGGCUGAACAACUCGAACGCGACCGAAAGCUGAGAAAGAUGGUCAGGAGGAUAGGUGACUGGCAGACGACCUGGAAGUGUGUUGCCGAGCGGGAGAUGCUGAGAGUGCUCGAAGGCGGCUGCUCUGUGCCUGUGGGAUGCUGGACGGAACUGACGGAACUUCCCCAGCCAUCACACGUCAUGCCUGCAAUGCGACCCAGGAUGCUCUCCUCACUCUCGACACUGUCUGUUAGCUCGUCAGGAUCGACGCACAGCUCCAUACCCGAAUUCGAAGAUUCUGACGAGGAGGAGCAAGAGGAGGCUAGGCACAGGCGCGUUCGCGUCAGCCUCCAAGGCGUCAUCACCUCGCUCGACGGCCAGACACAAAUCUCGACAGAGCAGAGCAAAGUGUGCACGCAUAUCAACGACUGUCUCUCGCUCGGUCACGAUGUCGCGCUCGAGCUCAUACAGAAAGGAGGCAAGGCGAUACUAGAAAGUCUUGGCCGGUCGGUCAGCACGGUCGAGAAAGCUUCGCGAUCGACACAGCGCAAAGAACACAAGAUCAAACAAGCUGAUAUGACAGAGGAAGUCUUCGGGCAGCCGACGAGAGCCGAUCUCGAGCCUGUUCCCCACCUUGUACACGAGAUGCGACCAGAUGCAUAG